AUAAUCAAAAUAAGACAAAUACUGUAUUAAGAGAAAUGAUAACUCAUAAAGCAAAAGUUCUUGCUGCUAAAAAUAAACAAGAAUAUCCUAAUAUCAAUAAUUUUAAAUUUUUAUCAAAAUGGUUAGAUGGAUUUUUG